UCGCAGCGGCGCGGCGCGGCUGGGCUUCCGCUUUCCUGCCCGUUGCGCGCUGUUCUCGGAUCAUGGCGGCCACGGCGACCAUGGCGACCUCGGGCUCGGCGCGCAAGCGGCUGCUCAAGGAGGAGGACAUGACCAAGGUGGAGUUCGAGACGAGCGAGGAGGUGGACGUGACUCCCACGUUCGACACCAUGGGCCUGCGCGAGGACUUGCUGCGCGGCAUCUACGCCUACGGUUUUGAGAAACCAUCUGCGAUUCAGCAGCGAGCUAUCAAGCAGAUCAUCAAAGGGAGGGAUGUCAUUGCACAGUCUCAGUCCGGCACCGGCAAAACUGCCACCUUCAGCAUCUCGGUUCUUCAGUGCCUAGAUAUUCAGGUUCGUGAGACCCAGGCUCUGAUUCUGGCGCCGACACGGGAAUUGGCUGUGCAGAUCCAGAAGGGCCUGCUGGCUCUGGGUGACUACAUGAAUGUGCAGUGCCACGCCUGCAUCGGGGGCACCAACGUAGGAGAGGACAUCCGGAAGCUGGACUAUGGGCAGCACGUGGUGGCCGGCACACCUGGGCGUGUCUUUGACAUGAUUCGACGCAGAAGCCUAAGGACUCGCGCCAUCAAGAUGCUGGUGCUGGACGAGGCCGAUGAGAUGCUGAACAAAGGUUUCAAGGAGCAGAUCUACGACGUGUACCGGUACCUGCCGCCAGCCACACAGGUGGUACUCAUCAGCGCCACGCUGCCACACGAGAUUCUGGAGAUGACCAACAAGUUCAUGACAGACCCCAUCCGAAUCCUGGUGAAGCGUGAUGAGUUGACCCUGGAAGGCAUCAAGCAAUUCUUCGUGGCGGUGGAGCGGGAGGAGUGGAAGUUCGACACGCUGUGCGACCUCUAUGACACGCUCACCAUCACGCAGGCCGUCAUCUUCUGCAACACCAAACGGAAGGUGGACUGGCUGACAGAGAAGAUGCGAGAAGCCAACUUCACGGUCUCGUCUAUGCAUGGAGACAUGCCCCAGAAGGAGCGGGAGUCCAUCAUGAAGGAGUUCCGCUCUGGCGCCAGCCGGGUGCUCAUCUCCACGGACGUGUGGGCCCGAGGCCUCGACGUCCCUCAGGUAUCCCUCAUCAUCAACUAUGACCUGCCCAACAAUCGUGAGCUCUACAUCCACAGGAUCGGGCGGUCGGGCCGCUAUGGCCGCAAGGGGGUGGCCAUCAACUUCGUGAAGAACGAUGACAUCCGCAUCCUGCGGGACAUCGAGCAGUACUACUCCACCCAGAUCGACGAGAUGCCCAUGAACGUUGCUGAUCUCAUCUGAGGAGCUGCUGGAGUUGGGGUUCAGGAUCAGUGCCCGUCGGUGUCCCUCCAGAACCCUGGUAGUCUCUGUGGACUUGGGAUUUGGGCCCCAGUGCGCCCUAGACCAAGACGCCCCACCCGACUUUUCAUAUCCGUGUGUAAAUAAUGUGUCGCGUUGUCUUUUUCAUUAAACACUGAAAACUCC